AUGAUAGUCUCUCUCUCUUCCCUUUCUCAUCUCUGUUUCUCUGUCUCUAUCCUUCCUCUCUGUUUCUAUCGUCUGUUGGUCUCUCUCUCCUCAUCCCACACAUCUCUCACUCAACUUUCCCUCCCUCCCGCUCAUCCGUCUCUCUCCCUCCCGCUCGUCCGUCUCUCUCUCGCUCGUCCGUCUCUCUCUCGCUCGUCCGUCUCUCUCCCGCUCGUCCGUCUCUCUCCCGCUCGUCCGUCUCUCUCUCGCUCGUCCGUCUCUCUCUCGCUCGUCCGUCUCUCUCUCGCUCGUCCGUCUCUCUCCCGCUCGUCCGUCUCCCUCCCGCUCGUCCGUCUCUCUCUCUCUCUCUCCUCCCGCUCGUCCGUCUCUCUCUCUCUCUCCCUCCCGCUCGUCCGUCUCUCUCUCUCUCUCUCCCUCCCGCUCGUCCGUCUCUCUCUCUCUCUCCCUCCCGCUCGUCCGUCUCUCUCUCUCUCUCUCCCUCCCGCUCGUCCGUCUCUCUCUCUCUCUCUCUCUCAACUAGUCUUUUUGUUUCUUUCUUUCUUUUAUUCUAAUUUUUCAUUCUCAUUUUUGUUCUUAAACUGUUUUUUUCUUUCUUUGAAUACUAAUACUUUUUUUUAUUUUUUAAAACAUUUUCUCUCUCUCUGGCCACUCUCUCUCUCUGGCCACUCUCUCUCUCUCUCUCUCUCUGGCCACUCUCUCUCUCUCUCUCUCUGGCCUCUCUCUCUCUCUGGCCUCUCUCUCUCUCUCUGUCCUAACUGUCUCACUCUCUCUCUCUCUCUCUCUCUGCUCUUGCUCUCUCUGUCUCUGUGUCUCUCUUUCUCCUCUCUCUCUCUUUCUCCUCUCUCUCUCUUUCUCCUCUCUCUCUCUUUCUCCUCUCUCUCUCUUUCUCCUCUCUCUCUCUUUCUCUCUCUCUCUUUCUCCUCUCUCUCUCUCCUCUCUCUCUCUCUCUCUCUCUUUCUCCUCUCUCCCUCUCUCUUUCUCUCUCUCUCUCUCUCUUUCUCCUCUCUCUCUCUCUUUCUCCUCUCUCUCUUUCUCCUCUCUCUCUCUCUCUCCUCUCUCUCUCUUUCUCCUCUCUCUCUCUUUCUCCUCUCUCUCUUUCUCCCUCUCUCUCUUUCUCCUCUCUCUCUUUCUCUCUCUCUCUUUCUCCUCUCUCUCUCUUUCUCCUCUCUCUCUCUUCUCUCUCUCUCUCUCUCCUCUCUCUCUUUCUCCUCUCUCCUCUCUCUCUCCUCUCUCUCUCUCCUCUCUCUCUCUCUCUUUCUCCCCCUCUUUCUUUCCCCUCUCUCUCUUUCCCCUCUCUCUCUCUUCUCUCUCUCUCUCUUCUCUCUCUCCCCUCUCUCUUUCUCUCCCCCCUCUCUUUCUUUCCUCUCUCUCUCCUCUCUCUCUUUCUCUCCUCUCUCUCUCUUUCUCUCUUUUUUUGCUCAGACUUAG